UUGGAGAUUAAGAUAACUGAGAUAACUUAGUCGGUGCAAGAAUAUCAUGAGCAUUGGUAACCUUUGUUUAGUUUGCCUCUCAGAUUACCUUUUACUCGUCACGCGCGGAUUAUAAUUCUCCUUUUGUAUACGUCAAAAAAGUUUAAAUAUAAUCGUAGUAAUAUGACAUAACAGGCCAUCUUCCUGACUUUUGAAAAUAUGUACUUGCCGUUAAAGUUUAUCUUUAAAGGAAUAUUACUGAAAUGCCACAGCAUUGUGCUUUUUGCCUUAUGCGGAUCGGAAUUGCGAUCACUACUUUUUUCAUACGCGUAUUAUGAUUCUGUUACCUGCUACGGUACCGGUGACUGCAUCAUCACAUUGACUUCCGGUGGUCACUCUGAUAAUCAGCAUAAAUGGAAUACAGAGUGCCACGAUGGAGAAGCUUUAGUGGGAAUUUUGGACGCUGGCUCGGAUUAUCAAGGUUUUGGACAAGUUUGGUGUCGGUUUAUGUUUCCAAAGAAGGCACCUGCUUUUGGCGUAUAUCCAUACUAUCCUUGGUGUAAUGUUCGGGAUAUUACAGUUCACGAACAUUAUUGCUACGACCGGAAGUACCCGUCAGACACUUAUGAUACUUUCGUAACCGCUCUGACGUCGUCCCAGUUUUAUCCUGGUGGAGUGAGUGUAUCCAACUCCUUCAAAUGCUGUCGUCUCCCGGAUGGAUACCAUCUUGAUUACCGUCGAUGUGAAUACAAAUAUACACACGACAAAUUUGGAGAACAUUAUGAUGGGUCAUUUUGGAUCGUGCAGUGUGACAGAUAUUACCUUCUAACGGGUCUUGGGCAAGCGAUAAAUCCAUGGACCAAUGCGCAGCAUUACGUAUGGAUUCAAGUAUGUGUGCUUGUAGAAACGAGAAAACAGCCGUAUGUUGGUUUCCGUUGCGGUUUUAGCUGGUAUUAUUACAGUGUUGCCCACUCGUGUUUAACUCAUCCUUCGUUUCGCCGUACCCGAAGGAUAACAGAGCCGAAGUUAACCAUAAACAAACAAAUCGGAGUAAAGAAAUAAUUUGACCAAGUAUCCUUUAAUUCGGCUUUCCUAAACGGUGAAACGAAAAAGUUGCACGGUUUGGCGAUGCUGUGUUUUCUUACGUUAUACUAAACUGUGGAUUGCGUUGUGGAUUGCAUGACCUUUCUUGCAGCUCCCCGUAUGCAUAUUUGAAAAUUACGGUAUGUAUAGCAUACUGAUAUUCUAACAAACAAUCGCAAGUAAUGACAGAAGGACACGUUAGCCGCCGCUCUAUGGUAGUGACCUUUCUUGCCUAUGUCGUUAUUCUGACCGGUGAAAGUUACUUUACU